AUGGCCGACGAUGGUAUGCUCUUGAACUUCGCAUUUAGCGACAAUGUUAUCAAACCCGAGGCCAAGUUCAAGGGAGGCACAUGGCGGGCCCGUCUCUCAGCCAAGAAGCGCUCCCAGCACCAGGUGACCGGCGAUGGGAAUGCAAGUCAACGAAAUGCCGACUCGAAGAACCCCAAUAAGAUCCAGGUCCCUGCCAACAGACCUGUGAAACGACAAAGGACUGGCGAUUUCAACUCUUCGGAGGGGGGCAGACCUAAUCACCGAUCACACUCUCAACAACAGCCGCGUCGGCAUCCCGGCCAAUUUGCCUCAUCGUUAUUCACCAGCAAUCCUGACUCUAAGACCGCCGACGAGCCCAAACCGGAGGAAGAUGUGGAAGAGGCGAAGCCGUCCAACGCCGCUCUGGUGGAUGGUAUCGAUACUUUUACAAGUUUGGGCCUGUCCGCCAAUUUGGCGGCGCACUUGCUCACCAAACUAGAGUUGAAGGCACCGACUGCGAUUCAAAAGGCUUCAAUUGAGCAACUUUUGAAAGAAGAGACCGACGCCUUUAUCCAAGCCGAGACUGGUUCUGGAAAGACCCUUGCUUAUUUGCUUCCUCUCGUCGAACGAAUCAUGGCCCUCUCAAAGGCAGCACAGCAACAGGGCGUUCAUCCAGACAGACAAGGUGUUCAUCGAGACAGUGGUCUAUUCGCGAUUAUUCUUGCACCAACUCGCGAAUUGUGCAAGCAGAUUUCUGUCGUUUUGGAGAAUCUUCUCCGAUGCGCGAACUGGCUCGUUUGUGGUACUGUCAUUGGUGGAGAGAAAAAGAAGUCCGAGAAGGCUCGUCUCAGGAAAGGCCUUAAUAUCUUGGUCGCCACCCCUGGACGUUUGGCAGAUCAUUUAGACAACACACGAGUCCUGGAUGUCAGUAAUGUCCGAUGGUUGGUCUUGGACGAGGGUGAUCGAUUGAUGGACUUGGGUUUCGAGGAGGAAUUACAGGGUAUCGUCAAAAAGCUUGAUGAAAGACAACGAACUAGCGGCAUACCCGGUGUUCCGACCCGGAGGACUACGGUUCUUUGCUCGGCUACAUUGAAGAUGAAUGUUCAGCGACUGGGAGAGAUCAGUUUGAAGGACGCCAUCCAUAUUAAAGCAGACCCGGCCGAUGAAGAUGAGAAUUCUCGCGGCAAAGAUGAAGAAGAAGGCUUCCGCGUGCCAGCUCAACUGAAGCAGUCUUAUGCCAUCGUGCCCGCGAAGCUACGUCUGGUGUCAUUGACUGCCUACCUCAAGCGAACAUUCAUUCGGAAGGGUUCUGUCAUGAAGGCUAUUGUCUUCGUUUCAUGUGCCGAUUCAGUUGAUUUCCUCUUUGAAGUUUUCUCCAGAAAGUACGGCGUCAGAGCUUCGAAGUCUAAAGAUAAUGACGAAGACGACAACGAAAAUACAGAAGAAGAAAAGAAAGAACGCGAAAAGCUCUCUCCUCACGGCACCAUCGCUCCUGCGGAGGCCUUCUCCACCUCCACAAAUCCUGUCACCAUUCACCGACUACACGGAUCGCUGCCGCAGCAUGUUCGAACCGCCACCCUAGGCUCAUUUUCUAAGAGCAGCGAAGCAUCAGUGAUGGUUUGUACCGAUGUUGCCUCUCGUGGUUUGGAUCUUCCCAACGUUGACCUGGUCAUCGAGUAUGACCCCGCAUUCAGCUCUGAUGAUCACACUCACCGUAUCGGUCGUACUGCCCGUCUGGGUCGCGACGGCCGUGCCUGCAUCUUCCUCCAGCCCGGAUGUGAAGAGAAUUACGUUGAGAUUCUCAAGCGUGGCUACCGCGACGGAGGCAAAGCUCUGACCCGAACCGACGCCAAUGAAAUCUUGAAGCGUGGUUUCGGUGCCACCGCCGAAUCAACGAGCAAGAACUGGGAGGAGAAGACCACCGACUGGCAGAUGGAUGUUGAGCGCUGGGCUCUUGAUAACCCUGAGUACCUGGAAAUGGCGCGUCGCGGAUUCCAGUCGCACGUCCGUGCCUACGCAACCCAUAUUGCUGCUGAGCGGAGCAUGUUUGACAUCAAGGAACUUCACCUGGGACAUCUUGCUAAGAGUUUUGCCCUGCGUGAUCGACCUGGUAAGAUCAAUGUGCCUGGCCUGCGUCAAGGAAAGGAAGACACGAAGAAGGACUUCAAGGCGGCGCGGAAUAACGCCGCUGGCAGCAAGAGGAAGGCCGACGAUAUGCCUUCUACGAAUACGGAUGAGGCAGCACGGAAGAUGAGGGCCAAGAUGAGAGAACAGCAUGCCGGUGCCAGCGAAUUCAACCUGGCUUGA